AUGGCAACGGACAGUGUGUGGGGCAAGCCAGGCGGCGCUUGGGCUGACGACGUUGAGGAGCAAGAGCAGUCUGGCACGCUGGCAGCGCCCGCCGUUGCCCCCUACAAGGCCUUUAAGGAGGAGGCUUUCCCGGCCCUCUCGGCUGCCAAGGAGGCGCCGAAGAAGAAGGGCAAAGCCAAGCCCGUCCCGCUCGGCGCCUUCCUUGGUGGCUCCGCGGCCGCAAGCGCGAGGACCAACCUCGACGACAAAGCCAUCCUUUUGGCUCUUCCCAAGAGCUCGACCGGUGCUCCGCGCGAGGAGGGCCAGGGCGGCGGCAUUGGCGGUGCCUUCAGGGAAUACGGUGGCGAUCGUGGAGGCGCCCGCCGCGGCGGCUUCGGCGACCGCGACCGCGAAGGCGGCGGCGACGAGCGCCCCGGCCGUGAGCCGUCGCGCGCCGAUGAGGACAAGGACUGGGGCGCCUCCCGCAAGUUCACGCCCAGCGAGGCCGGCGGCGGCGGCUCCCGCGGCUUCGGGGGCGGGGGCUUCGGCGGCGAGCGCCGCGGCGGCGCGGGCGGCGGCGAGCGUGGCGGUUUUGAGGACCGCCCCCCACGCCGCGAGGCCGGGCCUUCGGCUGCCGACGAAGCAGACGACUGGGGCGCCACGCGCAAGUUCCAGCCGAGCACGGAGGGCGAGCGCCGCGGCGGAGGCGGCGGCUUCGGCGGCGGCGGCGGCGGCUUCCGCGACCGCGACGGCCCCCGCGACGGCCCCCGCGGCGACGGCCCCGAGCGGCGCCGAUUUGACGAGCCGUCCCGCGCCGACACCGACGACUGGGCCACGCGCCGCGCGCCGCCGCCGGCCGACGACCGCGCGGCGCCGUCGGCGCGGCGCCCCGGGUUUGGCUUCAGCGGGAGCAGCGCAGCGGACGGCGAGGACCGCUGGGCGCGCGGCACGGGCGCCGCGCCGCCGCCGAGCAGCAGCGGCGGCGCUGACGCCGGCCCCGCGCGCGAGCGCCCCCGCCUCAACCUCGCGCCGCGCACCAAGCCCGUUGCGUCCCCGACCCCGGGUGCGGUGUGA